AUGGCCGGUGCCGCCGCCGUCGCGCUGUCCCUCGCUGCGCUGCCGGCCGCCGCCACCGCCGCCCCUCCGCCGCUGUCAGCUGCCGACCACCGCGCCGCCGCCAUGGCCGAGGAGGAGGCUCCUAGCGAAGGGUUCGGAUGGUUAUUCAGCUGGCUUCCUGCCUGGUGUCCCACAUCACUGCUACACCUUAAAGAGGCUGAGGACAAAAUGCUAAAAUGUAUUGCAAGCAUAUACAAUAAACGAUAUGUGUAUAUAUCUAAUGGAAAUAAAAUAUGGACACUGACGUUCUCUCCAGACUUUUCAAAUAAAACUCCACUUGUUCUCCUGCAUGGGUUUGGAGGAGGUGUUGGACUGUGGGCUCUCAACUUUGAAGAUCUCUGUGGGAACAGGACCGUUCAUGCUUUCGACCUCUUGGGAUUUGGACGUAGCAGUAGACCACACUUUGACACUGAUGCUCGGGAAGCAGAAAAUCAGUUUGUGGAAUCCAUAGAAGAAUGGAGAAAAGAAGUGGGGCUAGAAAAAAUGAUUUUGCUUGGACACAACCUAGGUGGAUUCCUGGCUGCUGCUUACUCCUUAAAAUAUCCAUCAAGGGUCAAGCAUCUUAUCUUAGUGGAGCCAUGGGGCUUUCCAGAGAGGCCUGACAAUGCUGAACAUGAAAGACCAAUUCCAAUCUGGAUCAAAGCACUAGGAGCUAUAUUGAGUCCAUUUAAUCCAUUAGCUGGGCUAAGAAUAGCAGGACCCUUUGGAUUAAGCCUUGUUCAACGUUUAAGACCAGAUUUCAAGAGAAAAUAUUCAUCAAUGUUUGAUGAUAACACUGUGGCUGAAUAUAUCUAUCACUGCAAUGUACAGUCACCCAGCGGUGAAACAGCUUUCAAGAACAUGACGAUUCCUUAUGGAUGGGCAAAAAGGCCAAUGCUGCAACGGAUUUCACAAAUGGAUCGAGACAUUCCUAUCACGGUGGUCUAUGGAGCACGUUCAUGUAUAGAUGGCAAUUCUGGCAGCACUAUCCAGUCUCUGAGACCAAAUUCCUAUGUGAAGACAAUAGCUAUCCUUGGUGCAGGUCAUUACGUGUACGCUGAUCAACCUGAAGACUUCAACGAGAAAGUGAAAGACAUCUGUGACUCUGUGGACUGAGUGUCCUCUGUUCUUUAGAAAGUCAUACCGUAGAUAGCAUUUAAUGGCAAUACUCUAGGAAAUCACUAAAGAAUGCAGAGCUAAUGGAACAGGCUCUGUUUGCACACUGUUUCUUUUAAGAAGCCAUUUGCACACUUAAACCACUGAGUGCCUAUUUUUGGGGGGAAUGAAGAGGUUUGAAGCUAACUUUGUACAGCUUUUUUUUUAAUUGUCCUGUCAGGUACAAAAUUACAUGGAACUUUUGAAACUGGAAUUUUCUUCAAAAUUUAAUUGAACUUUGCACAUUUUGAACUCUCUAAAAAUGCUGAAUUAUCCAACAUGGGGAACUGUAUCAAUAGAGAUACAAUGUACAAAAUGCAAUUUGGUUUCUUUAUGAAUGUUCAUACUUUUUAGCUGAUGUUUCAUAGCCAGAAUAUGAAACUGCAUAUGUAUUUUAUUUUUUGGAACCCAGAACUUCAUAUACAAUAUUCUAAGAGGGUUUGUUUUUUAAUUGGACUGGUAACAGCUUAUGAAACUGAUUUUGGGAAAGGGAUGGGGCCAAAAUAAUGAGCAAUGUCUGUCAUUGAAAUAUGUUUGUUAGUUUAUAAGAAAUUGAGGCUCAAUAUUGGGAAAUCCAUCUUCUGUUGGAUUUUAUUUCCAUUUAUUUCAAGGCAUCCUUUUCCAUCUGUGCAACUUUUACGGAAGACUCAGUUUGUAAGAGUCAAUGAUGUCAUCAGCACUCAUGCUUCCAUAAAUAUUUUGAUGUGCAGAUUUCUGUGAUUUAAAAUACAGAAGGAGGCUUGUUAGUUACUCCACCUAUUUUUAACACUUUACUGCAAGAUUUGUUACUAGUCUAAACCUAACAGUUGUGGGUAAGCUGGUAAGAUUUCGAUUAGGCCUAGGAGAUAUCCACCUGGAUAGUGAGCCUAUUUCCCAUUUUCUUUCAGUAGAAAGCCUAGUCCAUAUUUUAGAGAAUUCGAGCUGAAGAAGAGGCAGAGACAGAAUAUUGAUGUUCUCUAAUUGGGAACUACAACAGCUUAAUGUAUUUUAUUUAACAUUCAGCCUCCUUAUAGGAAGGAUUAUUAUUGGAAUGAAGAAUACCACUGUAAUGAAUUACAAUUAUAUGUUUUGGAGAUUCUCUAUAUAUUUUAAUUGAGUAUUUCAAUAUCAGAGAUAGUCCAGUGUCUGCUACUUUUUGAAUUAUAGUUUGAUGUUAGUACUUCACAUGCCUAGUAAAUUAUAUUAAGAAAAAUACUUUGUCACUUUAAAGCCAAAUAAUGUGGUGGUUUGUUUUUUAACAAGUUUACAUAAAACUAUUGAUCUGGUUUUGAAUAUUCAAUUGACUACUGAAGAGUUCUUGAUACUUCUAUGCAAAGAGAAUUUGAAUUAAUGAUAGCACCGUCUUAAAGCUUGAAUUAUGUGCAUUUUUUUUCUCAAAUUAAGGAAUCGUUGCACAUAUUUAUGAUGUGGAAGGCAAAGAUACCUAAAAUAUUCAGGAGAUAAUGUGAUUAUGUUCCCCAGUAGAACAUAGUCUCUCUUACUGAAGGAGAUAUUUAUCUAUACGGUGCUAUGUAAACAUCAAACAGUUUUUGUGACUGCCAUGACUGGUAGCACUUCAUAUCUAGCAAGAUAAAUAUUUUAAUUAAAAGUAAGUAUUGAAUUAAAUUACUUUUUCAAUUAGCAGAUGCCAGAACUGUAAAACAAAAUUUUGGGUUACUUGCUAAAAUCUUGAAAAUGGAAAAUCAGAAUUAUCAAUUAUCAAUUCCAUUUUUAAUAUAAGCUAUAAAUUAUCCGUCAUGCCACCAUUUAGGUGGAUGCCUUCAGCAUGUUGGUUAUUUUUCACCCUUUUCAGUGUCUUAUUUUGUAUUUAUCAACUUAAACAGCUGUUUUAGUUGUGCAUAAAAACCUAAAGCAAAAAUAAAUUUUGACUCUUCUACAAAUAAUUAAAGGUGAAACAAAUUAUUGGGAUUUUGUGAUAGCACUUACUGAUGGGAAUUGUAGAUUCCACAUCAAAAGUUGGAAGUAGGGAUAAAACUUGCACACUGGAUGUGAAUAUUGUUUUAAAUAUACCUUGCUUUUUCAGCUUAUUGUACUAAUAAGACUUAUUGCUUAUGUUUUGCACAAUAAAAAAAUUAUUAAAUGUUAUAUUUUAUUAAUGUUAA